UUUUCAGUGGUGUAUUAUCGCUAUAUAGGAAAUUUCAUCAAUAUUUCACAUAAAACUCGUUCCGGCAAUUAUUGAAAAUGGAGACAAAGUUAGAAUUCAUAACAAGAAAUCUACAGGAGGUCAUAGGGCAGGAAAAGUUGAUCUCAAUCCUGAAGGAGCGGGAUUUGAAGGUGUAUUGGGGGACUGCCACAACUGGCAAACCCCACAUAGCCUACUUUGUACCCAUGUGCAAGAUUGCCGAUUUUCUGAAAGCAGGCUGUGAGGUAACAAUCCUGUUGGCAGACCUGCAUGCGGUGCUGGACAACUUGAAGGCCUCGUGGGAGACAGUGCAGUUUCGAACUCUUUACUACGAGCGGAUCAUCAAGUCCAUGCUCACCAGCAUUGGAGUGCCUCUUGAAAAGUUGAAGUUUGUCAGAGGAACUGAUUACCAAUUAUCAAAAGAAUACACGAUGGAUGUGUACAAAAUGGCCACCAUUGUAACAGAACAUGAUGCAAAGAAGGCGGGAGCUGAGGUUGUCAAACAGGUUGAUAAUGCACUUCUCAGUGGCUUGCUCUAUCCUGGUCUGCAGGCUUUAGAUGAAGAGUACCUGAAAGUUGAUGCCCAGUUUGGUGGUGUUGAUCAGAGGAAAAUUUUUGUCUUUGCUGAAAAGUACAUGCCUGCCUUGGGAUAUGAGAAGAGAAUUCAUCUGAUGAAUCCCAUGGUCCCUGGUCUAACUGGAACAAAGAUGAGUUCCUCGGAGGAAGACUCAAAAAUUGAUCUUCUGGAUUCCAGCGCCAGUUUAAAGAAGAAACUUAAAAAAGCAUUUUGUGAGCCUGGAAACAUCGAGAACAAUGGCAUCCUUGCAUUCACUAAAUCUGUCCUCUUUCCUCUUAAUUCUGGAAAAGAUUUCGUAAUAGAACGACCAGAAAGUUUUGGAGGAACACUAACAUUCAAAGAUUACGAUUCUCUAGAAACUGCAUUCGCCAAACAAGAGGUGCAUCCAGGGGACCUCAAAGGUGCCAUUGAAAAGUACCUCAACGUUUUGCUGGAACCCAUCAGGAAGGAUUUCACCACUCCUGAGAACAUCAAACUAAUUCAACAGGCCUAUCCUGCUGGCAAGCCUGCCCACACAAAAGCCAACGUUGUUGAUGACGAUCUCUCACCUUCCUUAAUGGAUCUCAGAGUAGGAUUGAUUGAAGAUGUUAAACAGCAUCCUGAGACAAACAGUCUGUACGUGUGCACUGUGAAUGUUGGCGAUUUAUCAGGUCCUCGAUCUGUUGUUUCCGCUCUGGCAAAUGUUUUGAGCCAGGAGGAGCUGAGAGGUAAGAUGGGAAUGUUCCUCUGCAAUUUGAAACCUGUCCUACUGAAAGGUGUCGAAUCGAAAGCUGUUAUGCUCUGCGCUGUCGGCAAACAAAAAGUGACGGAGUUAAUAUCAGUACCUGAGGGCUCCAAACCUGGUGACAAAAUUUUCACAGAAGGUCAUUUUAAUGAACUUAGUAACCAUGAGGACGCAUGUGACGCUAGUAACGAGCUGGAGAGGAAAGUGUGGGAUAAAUUACAGGCUGACCUAAAAACAGACGAAGAGUUGAAGGUGGUGUGGAGGUCACUGCCCUUGUGUACUGUGAAAGGUCAAUUGAAGAGUAAGAUACUCAAAAAUGUCCAUAUAAAAUAAUGUUACAUAAAAUUAUCAAAUUGUAUUUUAUGUUACUGGUUGUUUUAAUCUAAAUGUUAUGUCCUGUUAAAAACAACAUUUUUGGAAUGGUUUUUUUUGUGUUAUCAAUUUUUCGUUAGGAACAUUGUUAUCAUGUUGUGUUCAUUGAUUUGUUGGUUUGGUUUUGUUCGUAUUGUUGAGAAUGAAUGUUUAAAUUAAUUUGAAUUUAAAUGCCAUUAGAUGAAUUGUUUUAUAUUAUAAUUAUAUUAAUGUUUAAUUUUGUUACUAGCUUCAUUUGUUAAUUAUUUUUUUGGCACGAUUGUCGUUGUUAUGUAUAGCAUUUUUAUUUUCUCAAUGUUCCAAUAAAUGAUUCUACUAUAUUUACAAUAUUCGAAUUGAUAUCAUUGCGCUGCACUGCUCUUGGUCAAAUGUAUGAUGAUGCUAUAAAUAUAUUAAAUAUUUUUUCUCAUCAUUAAUAUGUUUUUGGCGAAAUAAAUUGAAUAUAAUAUAAUUAUAAUUUUUAAAUUUCCUUCUCAAAUUAUAAUGUGGUGCAAAUUUGUUUACUGUUGAAAAUAUUUCUGAAAAACCGAAAUUAAAUUCUUUUACUUUGCCAAGAAAAACAUACAAAA